AUGCCUCCCUUCUCCCCCAUUUUCCGUCACUUAAUCACCUUCUACUUGUUGGUAGCUGGCUUUUCCAAGUUUACGUCGAGCACAUUCAUCAGGCAAGACGGGAGCACUCAACUUCAGGAUCUCGUAACAUGGGAUGAAUACUCGAUCAUGGUCCGUGGAGAGCGGGUCAUGUUCUACUCAGGAGAGAUGCACCCUUUCCGGCUGCCCUCGCCUGGAGCCUGGCUUGAUGUCUUCCAGAAGAUCAAGGCGAGUGGUUUCACGGGCGUUUCGUUCUACCUGAUGUGGGGUUUGCUGGAAGGACAGCCCGGUAUCAUCCGGACAGAUGGCAUCUUUGCACUGGAUGAGUUCUUCAAGGCGGCAUCCGAAGCAGGAAUCUAUCUUCUGGCCCGACCAGGUCCCUAUAUCAAUGCUGAGGUAUCUGGUGGCGGCUUCCCAGGAUGGAUUCAGCGCAUCAAGGGCGACAUACGGUCAAGCAAUUCGGAAUUCCUCGACGCCACAAGAGCAUACUUAUCUCACAUGGGCCGCAUCAUUGCUGAUGCCCAGAUCACGAACGGAGGGCCUGUCAUACUUGUCCAACCAGAGAACGAAUACUCGGUGUGUGCAACUUAUACUUCUGGGGAUGUUAACGGUUGCCUCGAAAAGGAUUACAUGGCAUUCGUCGAGUCACAGCUUCGUAAUGCAGGCAUCACAGUUCCAUUUAUCAGCAACGAUGCUGUUCCAUUGGGGAACUGGGCUCCCGGCUCCGGACAAGGAGCGGUGGAUAUUUACGGCACAGACUUCUAUCCCUUCUCUUGGGGUGUUGGAUGUAACAAUCCUUCGAACUGGACUAGAGGUUACUGGCUCUUGGACCAGUUCAACGUCUCAGUCCAUAAUAAAUUCAGUCCUAGCACUCCAUUCUCAAUGGUCGAGUAUCAAGGCGGAGCUGCAGACUUUUGGGGCGGUGUCGGCAUCGACUCGUGUGUGACUUUGGUCAAUCAUGAAUUUGCGCGAGUUUUCAAUAAGCUUCUAUAUGGCUUAAGGGCGGCAUUGGUCAACUUUUAUAUGAUUUACGGAGGAACUAACUGGGGUAACUUGGGCCACGCAAAGGGCUACACUUCCUACGACGUGGGCGCAGCAAUCUCAGAGAACCGCGCCGUGGACCGCGAAAGGUACAGCGAACUCAAGCUUCAGGGCUACUUUCUACAGUCGUCCCCUUCUUAUCUCACGUCGUCUCCUGAUAGCGGCACUUUCGGGCACUUUACCGACACACGUGCUGUCGUGGUAACCCAGCUGAAAGCCAAGAAAGGAGGCUACUAUAUCACCCGGCAGGCCAACCAUGAAUCACUAGCCUCGGUACAGUAUUCCCUCACUAUCCCAACGAGCAAAGGCCGAUUCACUGUCCCGCAGCUUGGGGGGACCUUAUCCCUGAACGGCCGGGACUCCAAGAUUCACGUGGCUGAUUACCCCGUUGGAAACAUCAAUCUUGUUUAUUCUACUGCGGAAAUUCUCACAUGGAGAAGAUUCAAAUCCAAGACCGUGCUUGUCAUCUACGGAGGGGAGGGAGAGACGCACGAGUUUGCCCUUCCACGGAGUUUGGGAUGUCCGACCACACCUGAAGGGCAUCACUACAAAUGCCGCCUGACUGGCUCACUUGCGAUUGUGAACUGGGCUGUCCAAGCUCAAAGACAAACCUUGACCUUCGGUCCUGGCCUUGAAGUUCACCUACUCUGGCGAAAUGAGGCCUACAACUACUGGGUCCUUGAUCUUCCUGCACCACGCCCCGUGAACAACUACACCUCGGCCUCGAGGCUCGAGGCUACCGACAUGAGCGUCAUCGUCAAAGCCGGAUAUCUUGUUCGAAACGCGAGAAUAUCGGGUACGUCUCUGUACCUCUCCGGAGAUGUCAACAGAACGACAGAAGUGGAGGUCAUCGCAGCUCCAGUGGUCCCCGACCGACUGUAUUUCAAUGGGAAAAGAGUCACUACCAAGUCUGCCAAGUCGCUGGUGAAAGGAACCGUACAGUACCAUGCGCCAAACAUGCUACUGCCGGAUCUCUCCUCCUUGUCUUGGCGAUAUGUCGAUUCACUGCCCGAGAUACAAGCGGGAUACGACGAUUCGAGAUGGGUUUCAUGCUCCAACAAGAAUACCAACAACACCCGAGCGUUGGCAACGCCAACAUCACUCUACGCUAGUGAUUACGGGUUCCAUUGUGGCUCCCUGUUAUAUCGAGGGCACUUCACGGCGUCCGGCAGCGAGUCGUCGCUUUUCAUCUCUACACAAGGAGGUGACGGAUUCGGACAUUCCGUCUGGUUGAACUCUACCUUUAUUGGAUCAUGGGCAGGGCAGCAGGGAGUGGCCAAUCGGAACCAAACCCUACGCCUCCCUCACAAGCUGAAGGCGAAUGCCCCCUACGUGAUUACGGUUCUGAUAGAUCACAUGGGCCUACACGACAAUUGGAUUGCCGAUGCACAGGAAAUGAAGGAACCACGUGGUAUACUUGAUUAUGAGCUUGCUGGACACCCUCGCCAGUCUGAUAUCUCAUGGAAGCUUACUGGAAACGUUGGCGGGGAAUCCUACAUGGACCACACUCGGGGACCCUUGAACGAGGGUAGUCUCUACGUUGAAAGGAAGGGGUUUCACUUACCAGGGGCACCCAUCAGCCAAUGGAGGAGACGUGGCUCCAUUGGCCUAACACGAGCCAGCGUUGGACUGUUUGCGACCACAUUUGAGCUCGAUUUCCCUCAAGGAUAUGACAUACCGAUAAGCUUGAGCAUCAGAAACUCUACUGAAGCCGGAAGCCCAACCGUCGCCAACUUUCGAGUUCAGAUAUUUGUGAACGGAUGGCAGCUUGGUAAAUACGUGAGCAACUUGGGGCCCCAGAGUCGAUUCGUACUACCUGAAGGCAUAUUGAAUCAUCAUGGCACCAACUACUUGGCUCUGACACUCUGGUGUCUCGAUGAGUCCGGAGCCAAGGUUGACGGAUUGUCUCUCGAGGCCGACGCCAUCGUUCAAAGUGGAAAGAGGUCCACGCCGUUAGUCGAGGCAAAUCGCUAUAUUGAGAGACAAAAUUCCUACUGA